AGCGGAUCGUAGGAGGGAGGCAUCACCGACACCGGCUCGCUUUGGACGAAUAUUGUUUCGCUGCUCUUAACCUCUACAUGGACAUCGUCAGCCUGUUUCUGCACUUUAUGAAGAGGAUGAGAGUUUGAGUUUAUUUCAAUGUAGUACUGAGAAGAUAGGAAGGAUACUGAAGGAGUUGAGGGAGUUUAGUUUUUCACUUUAUUACUGAGAUAGGAGGGAGGGUUGAUAAAGUGAGUGAAUUAAUUGAGCUAGAAAAGAUACGCUGUUGGUCAAGGUCAUAGUCAUGAAAUCUCACAAAGAUCAGACGCGUGAAGAUCACCAAAAUGACCAAGAUCGCCAGGCGAACAAGGUACCCACCGGCACCAUUUUCAACGCGUUGGCCUUAGUUGGCGCGGGUGUCGGCGGUUUCUCCUCUCUCUCUCGUAUGUGGCUCAAGCCUCCCAAUACAGUCAAGGACAAAAGCAACACCGGGAAGGUCUCAGAGAUAACCUACAGACCUAAACGCAUAUAGUUCCGAAAUCAAUGAUCAGCAGGCAAAUGACCUCCAACGAAUUCAGAUAGCAGAAAUAGCGAAUGUCUCACAGCUGUAGUCAGGGCCAUCACGUCUUGCCAGUUCUGACCAAUGACGAAUACCAGUGCAUGGCGAUCGUAUGAGUCAAUGACGAUAGCAUAAGCGUUCCCAUAUGAAGCACAUGAAAGUAUCCCCAUGCGUCAUGAUAUCCCAAUGAAGAAGCUGAGACUUCCUCCUUGCUACCCCAAUGAAUAUCCACAGGGACCAAAGCAGCCAGAGAUCAUUAGUCUCAGGCUGUGAGUGCAAGUUGUGCAAUCUAUAUCAAACUCAAGCGUUUCUCACCGAGAAACUAGACGCGGCUUAACAGUCUGUGUUCGAAUGGUCCAGCACUACUGUGACCCUUGAGCUUAGUAUAGAGUAGAAACCCAUCUAGAAGCAGCUUUUCAAAAUGUCCUGCGAUGCGAAAGAAAUCUCGAAGAAACUCGGACAGAAGUCCGACUGGCGAGGAUGGCCAUACGCCAGGAAGCUAGCCGUCUCGGCUUGCUUCAAAACUGCACGAAUGUAGUCGGCAUUCCGGCGGCUCCUCAUGGUAUUCCUCAAGGAGUUACCACCCGGGAGGACGCAAUCCGUCAAAAGUGGCGCAGCCUGAAAGAUGCGACCCUUCGUAGUCUGAAAGGUGCCGCCGCGUCGUUCAUCAACCACCAGAACGAUAGUGGUCAGGUGGGUGCGAUGGAUGCGGGUGAGAUUGUUGCGCCCCUUCGUGAUGUAGGACACUUCGACCAAAACAACCGUCAGGAACAACGGAUGAAGGUAAAGCCGCUUGCAGAUGGUUUGCUGAAGUUUCACGACACGGAUCAGCCUGCAGAUGUCGCGGGAUUCUUGUCGAAAGUCCGAGGCAUCAUGAACCAGUCGCCCACCGUGUACCCGCCGGAAGCAGGAGUGCCAGAAAGUGACCAGCAGAGUGGUGCACGACUGCAGAAGUUGCCCGAGCUGUUCUGCAGGAACUUCAAGGCAACGACCGAACGCAUGCAGGAAGAAGAUGGUCUGACAUUUGACCAGAUUGGUGACCGACUUGAAAAGCGUCGCGCGACGUUGAUCGAGGCGGGAAUCUACAAAGCUGAGAGCGAUCCCCUCGGGAAGGCGUUCCCGGUCAAUGUUCAGGAAGCCUCGAAUAAGCGUUCUCGUGAAGAAGAGGAUGACGAGGAGAAGGCCAAUGAAGGUGGUAGGAUCUUUCUGUCUAAAAGUGCUCUCAAGCGCUUCAAGGCAAACACAAAGAAGAAGAUCGCCGCCGAGGUCUAUGCCUCCAACUCGAACAGCAAAGGAGACCCGCGUCUUGUUGGAAGAAUCCACAGAACCAGGCAAACUGGAACUGGAGCACCGGCUCCCAAUCUAGUAGUGUUACGGGUAAAGGUGGAAAGGGUAAUGGCAUGGUUCACAUGUCUCAAGUUGCGGAGCUGUUCCAAGCUCUCAACGCCGCAGAGCAGAGCUGAGUUGCGGAACCGGUGGAAAGUGGACUUUGCUCGCUGAACUUGGACGAAGGUGAGGGUGAAGAAGAAAUAGAGCUAAAUAAUAUUGGGGAGAUAAAACUUGUGGGGCAUAGUCUUUCAACUAGUUCCAUUACUGCAAGAGAAGAAGUCUGUCUGGUUGAUAGUUGUGCAAACAAAUAUACUCCAAGACACAAAGACGAUUUUAGUGAAAUAACUAUGAGAAUUUGUAGGAUUAUUGGUAGCGCUGGAAGUAAAGACGGAAGAGCAGGAGAACUGGAAUCAAACAUCUUAGGGCUCCAGUAUGGUGUUUAUUAUGAUUCACUACCAAAGGACUUAGAUCGUAUUAUGCCUUGGCUAGGUGACGGGAACUGCUCGCAAUUAGGAUGGGAAUCCAACUUCAAAGGCACAGGUGGUGGCCUCGUACAUACGGACACAGGCCAGGCCAUACCCAUAAGAAGCCACCCACGCGCGCAGCUUCCCCCACUUGCGUGCAACUUGUUUAAAGAAGAGACUGAGAGUGGUUAUACUUGUUCAACAGUAGAAGAGGGAGUCAGUAGCUGUUAUCUUACAAGACUCGAACUUCAUAAAAGAUGUGGGCACUUUCAUAUAGAUGGCCUCCAGGUCAAUUGCCCUGGGUGUGAUCUACAUAACGGCCAACGUGCACCACACGCAAAAGCUAGAGAUGCUUCGAACUACAAACCUGAACCAUUGAAGUGACUAGCAAUCGACUUUGCUGCUGGAAUCAAACCCGUAUCAGUCAGGUCAACGGGGUGCGUGCUAGUGAUCAUUAAGCUCUGUCGACCGCUUAAGCUGAAAAGUGACUGCGUGGAGGAAUUAGAAGAAGCGAUCAAAGGCAUUCGCCAGGACUACUCCUUAUCACUUGAUGACAAGGUAGUGUGGUUCCUCCGGAGGGAUGGAGAACCUGUCCUGAGCAGUGGCGACAUGGCCAAAGUUAUGCAAUCGCUGCGAGUCUCAGACAGUCCGGCUGUUCCUUAUAGUCCGGAGAUGAGUGGGACCGGCGAACGUUUUAUGCGGACUUUGUUCGGCAGUGUUCGCACGAUGCUGACUAAAGUUGGUGAACGUCUCUGGUGUUACUGCGUCGAGUACGCUGGUGACUGCUGGGAUCGUUUAUUACCGCAUAACUAUGCAAAAGUGCCCCAAUAUGAUGGAAAGAGUCCAGUUGAAACCUUGGAAGAAAGGACUGGUGGAAACUCGUCGAAGAGUUCAAUCGGCAUGCUCCGCCGAUUUGGUUGUCUAGUUUACUCUCGUGAACAAAUUCAAGCCAACACUCCUGAACCCAAGCUCUCGGCCAAGUACCGCCGUGGCGUCUUCCUUGGACUCUGUCCGAAGUCGGCGGGUUGGUUGGUUGGUUGGAACUUUCGCUCAUGACGAUCGCUGCAAGCUUGGACAUCGAUGGGCGGAAUACUCUACCCGAGAUGUAAAGUUCAGCGAGGGCUAUCUAAUAAAAAAUAUUGAUUGGCUUUGGCCAGAUAAAAAGGGCAUCUACAUAGAGUGUGACGAACUGGAAAAUCUGCAGAAUGGCGCGUCGUCGCUGGGCUCCCCCUUGCUUGGGCAGUCAGUGCAAAGGCUGGACUAUCAGUCGGGGUUCUCUGGCACGGAGCACAUUCCAGGUGGGCCGACCGGUAUUUCCGACGAGCUAUUUAUUGAAACACUGCAUAAAGUAGAGGAAUCCAACGCAGCUGACUUUCUUAAAGGUGUUUCACUUGAGGAGGGGAAUGCUGAAGCGAAGGAUCGCGAGCCUCCUGCUCCGCUUAGUCCGUCUAGGUUGAAAGCCCCCAGCACGUGUUGUGGCAGGCGAACGCCAUACACACGUCAAGAAGCGUGGCCGACCAAAAGGAGCUAAGGACAAGGCAGGCAGCAGGGUUCGAAGAACAGCGAAACAGUUAGAAGAACUGCGGAAGAGUGUGGCGCUGUUCGCUAGUGCAGUAGGUGGCAUGUGUGAAUUGGACAAAGAUGAGGAAUUCGUCGAAUCAUAUGCGAUUUUGUCCGUUGCUCAAGCUCUCAAGUCUCCUGGUGCCGACAAGUGGCGGGAGGUUAUUGAGAAAGAGCGUGCGAGACUGCUAGCCUUUGAAACGUGGAAAGCAGCUUCUGACGAGGAGCUUGCGACCGCGCGACAGGCUCUACCAAUUGCCAUAAUUCUAACUAUUAAAAGAUGUGGAAGAUACAAGGCUCGCGCUUGUGUCCUCGGUAAUCUAGAUCGUUCAGGAGAGCUAAACGCCUUUGCUCCCGUAGUUUCGCACGCCGCUAAUAGGUUGCUCCUGGCUUCUUCUGCGUCAGAGCAGGACUAUGUGAUCCCGUUCGAUUUAAAUUCUGCGCUCCUCAAUGCUGAACUCGAUCGCGAUGUCUUCCGUCGUCUCCCACCCAUCUGGGCAGAGAAGCAUGGACGCGAGAUCGUGAAGCCCAAGAAGGCCUUAUACGGCUUGAAGGACGCACCACGGGCAUGGUUCAAGAAAUAUCACGACUUACUAGCCAGUAUUGGCUGGGAGCCGUGUGAUUCUGCGCCGGGCUUAUGGAGAAAGCCGAGUGCGAAAGUACCGGGGAAGUUCCUCAAGGUGUCAGCCUAUGUUGAUGACAAUCUUGCAACGGGUCCUGAUCUUGAUGAGCUCAAGACUGAACUAGAACUCAUCUUCUCCCGUGCCCCUGGCCGUGCGAUUGAUGUGGAGUCCGUUCCAACCCCUUGGGGUCAAACGUGGCUCAGGUUCGACUUCUUAGGUGCCGUCGUGUACUACUGCCGUGAAGCUCGAACGUUUCGGCUCAAUGUGGAGGAGUACAUUGAUAAAAUCGCAAAGAAAUUUGAAAUCGAAGCCGGAAAACCGGUUUACUCGCCCAAUUUUGACGAGUCGGCUUUUCUUGGGGAGGGGAUCAAGAUAGUCGAAGGGUAUCCCUUUCGUGAGGUCGUUGGUGCCUUGCUAUGGGUAGCUGUAACCGCGCGCCCGGACAUCUCUGCACCGGUGGCAGCAUUGGCUAGACAUGUCAGCAAACCCGCGCCAACAAGAAUGGUUAAAGCAGCCAUAAAAGUGCUGAAGUAUCUGGUGACAACGAGAGACCAAGGACUGGAAUACUCACCAGAACAAGAAGAAGAACUCAAUAGAAUCUAUUCAAAGUUACUACCUGAGGGCAGAGAUAUGCCAGAGGUGAAUAUCUUUAGUGAUGCAGGCUUCGCCAACUGCGUAAAGACUAUGAGUAGCACAAGUGGAUCGAUCAUGUAUUUCAGAGGCGUUCCAAUUGCUUGGAGAAGUAGCCGACAGACUGUCCGUGCCUAUUCUACGGCUGAGAGUGAAUAUAUUGCAGCUUCUGACACAAUUGUGCUCAUUGAACUGCAUGACUUUACAGACUUCUACAGGCCUCUACCAACUCAGUUGGUACACACACAGAACGGCUUGCCUCCCUCUUUAGACAAUGCUGCGCUCUGGAUCGACAACCAAUCCGCGAUCACAACAGCUAAAGCAACUGACACACGCCCGAAGGGUCGCCACUAUGCACUUCGCUACUUGCGUGUGCGUGAUGCGGCCAGUAAGAUAGUUUUCUGUCCAACUAACUUAAUGAAGGCUGAUGGCUUAACUAAGCUAGAAUGUAGCCCGUCUCAACGUAGACUACUACUUCAUCAUGUAGAUAAUCCGAUAAAUAAAGUUGAGUAUGAUGAUUGUGAUUCCUCAGACGAUGAAACCGAUGGGGAUGAUUUAGCUUACUAUAGCGUAGUAUAUUCGGUUUAUUUUGGUUGCUAGCCGAGUAUACCGUAGCCAUAGGAGACUAGUUAGGAGGUAUGACUUCCGUGGUAGUCCAGAAGACUAGGGACUUCGACACGCAACGACUGAGGAGGGGCGUUGGUCAAGGUCAUAGUCAUGAAAUGUCACAAAGAUCAGACGCAUGAAGAUCACCAAAAUGACCAAGAUCGCCAGGCGAACAAGGUACCCACCGGCACCAUUUUCAACGCGUUGGCCUUAGUUGGCGCGGGUGUCGGCCGUUUCUCCUCUCUCUCUCGUAUGCGGCUCAAGCCUCCCAAUACAGUCAAGGACAAAAGCAACACCGGAAAGAGCUCAGAGAUAACCUACAGACCUAAAUGCAUAUAGUUCCAAAAUCAAUGAUCAACAGGCAAAGGACCUUCAACGGAUUCAGAUAGCAGAAAUAGCGGAUGUUUCAUAGCUGUAGUCAGGUCCAUCACGUCUUGCCAGUUCUGACCCAUGAUGAAUGCCAGUGCGUGACGAUCGUAUGAGUCAAUGGCGAUAGCAUAAGCGUUCCCAUAUGAAGCAUAUGAAAGCAUCCCCAUGCGUCAUGAUAUCCCAAUGAAGAAGCUGAGGCUUCCUCCUUGCAACCCCAAUGAAUAUCCACAGGGAUCAAAGCAGCCAGAGAUCAUUAGUCUCAGGCUGUGCGUGCAAAUUGUGCAAUCUAUAUCAAACUCAAGCGUUUCUCACCGAGAAACUAGACGCGACUCAACAGUCUGUGUUCGAAUGGUCCAACAUACGCACAACGACCAGAGUUGUGCGCACUUUUAUUAAGAGAUGGCCUAAGCUGACAGUUGAGAAGCACAGUUUCGAGGAGCUUCGCAGCUGUUGAUAUGAGUUUUGUUUAGAUAUUCCAAAGGACACUUUCAUACCUUACCUUUGCUGCGCAUCUUCGGAGAGCGGCGAUAAGCAGAACAAUGGCACUACCGCAUCUUUGGAAAAACCGACGUCGGAUGGGGCAAUAAGAUGAGAAGUGGACUCGUAGACUCGUAGGGAUAUAAUGAUAGGAGGGGUCAUAGAUAACCUCUUCCAGGAAGCAUCUCUUCCACGAUGUCGUCGUGGAGUGAAAAUAUUUACUGUAUUCUGUUUGAGCUUGUAAAUCUCUUGUACAUGUUGAUAAAAGCAGAGGCUUAUCCAUAGAUGAUUGAACGAUAUAUGAUAUGACAAGAAGUGGAAACGCGCCGCGACAUCUUUACUAGUCUAGAUCUAGUAGAAUAUUUUCAUCACGAGUAAUCUUUUCCGCUGAGGUGAUCUUGCUAUCUUACUCAAUAAGACUGGAGCUCGUCAUGUGCCUCCAUAUGAAUAUGCAGCAAUGGAUUUUCUAGUGCUAGCUAUGGUUCCUUUUUCUGUUGGAGCAUGUUGAAGAAGAAUCACUUGCUUCUACUAGGAAGUCACCGACCGUUACGCAUCUGAUAGCUUGUUACUCAUUUUAUAGUCCUGCUUACGUUUAUGUAUCAAGGGGGAUAGUACAUUUAUGGGGGAUAUGUUUGAUUGUGUACUGAAUGCAGAACUUGAAUUGAGGGUUGCAUGACAGAUGGUCGCUUGAAGCAAUGAUGGAGUGUGUGCCAGGUGGAUAAAAGUAGCAUAUGUAGUGCUAAAGCAGAACUUUGAACUCUCGAUCAGUGAAAGACCUCACUUGGAGGACUUGUGGCAUUUUUGAUGUUGAGCUACCUUGUUUGCUGAAUGCAGCAGAACUGUGACGAAUCUUGAAAACACUAUGAAGAAGCCGAUAGGCUACUAUUUGGGACAUGAAGAUUGAAGCCUAGCUUAUAUUUACGUCUCGUUUUUGCUUGAACGAUGGAAACCAUG